GGCGACAGGGGGCGCCCCGGAGCCGGGGGUAGACCGCAGGGCGCCGGCGGGAGCCUCCGAGCGGUGCUGCCCCCACCUCCCACCCCCUCCCCCCCGCGCCCCGACCUGCGCGGCUGGGGCUUCGAAGGAUGCAGCCGGAAGGUGUCUAAAAUUCAGAGCCAUGCAGAUCCAUCUCCUGACCCUAAACAUGGUAAAUUGCAUGAGGAAAUCGGAUCCCGAAGAUUACAGUUUCACAAAACCUUUGGUAACGAACUAAGAAAAUGCAGAAGAUCUUUCAAACAGAGGAAACCACUGAUUCCCAAGCUCUCAGAAAAGGAAAGAGGAAAAGGACGGAGCCGAUGGACUCAGAGAACGUGAACAGUGACCUGGAUAAAGCGCAGAGAGACCCAUAUUCGGGAAAUGCCUUUCUGCCUGGUGAAAGCUCCAGUGAGGAUGAAGAGCCUCUAGCAGAACUGUCAAAGGAGGAAUUGUGCACAAAAAUAAAAAGCCUGAAACAAAAACUAACAAGCAUCCGGAAAGAAAACAGCCGCCUUCGACAGUCUUUGGUCAUGCUGCAAGUGUUACCGCAGGCCGUCACUCAGUUUGAAGAGCUGGUCGGGAUGGCAGAGGCACUGCUCAAGGGUGGAGGAACCCUGUCCACAUCCGCAUCCACCCUCUGGAGAGCAGCGAAUAACUCCUCGCCGGAUUCCUUUGCUUCUACCUGCAGUAAUUCUAACUCUAAUUCCAGUUCACCCAUCUCCCUGAAAGCUGAGGAAGACCAUCAGACGGAUGAGAAACAGUUCAAGAUUGAAAAAUGGCAGAUCGCGCGUUGCAACAAGAGCAAGCCUCAGAAGUUCAUUAAUGAUUUAAUGCAAGUGCUUUACACAAAUGAAUACAUGGCCACACACAGCCUGACGGGGGCAAAAUCCUCUACUUCACGGGACAAGGCCGUGAAACCAGCUAUGAAUCAGAAUGAAGUUCAAGAAAUUAUAGGAAUCACGAAGCAAUUAUUUCCCAACACAGACGACGUUUCAAUCAGGAGAAUGAUAGGGCAAAAGCUAAACAACUGUACCAAGAAGCCAAAUUUAAGCAAAACUCUGAACUCUCAGGAUAUUAAGUAGAUCCUCUCGGUAUCCUAGGUCCCUGAAACAAGAGCACCUUCAGUUGUAAGUGGAGACUCUGCAGCCUGCCUGGCAGUGAGCGCAGGGACAGAUGCAAGGACAAGCUGGGAGGCACCUAUGCUGUCGCUGGCCACCCUUCUGUAGCACCAGCUCACGGGGAAGCUGCAUGCAGACGCCGCCCUGGGGACCAGUGAUGCCUCAAACCAGAGAGCCUCUAGCAGACCCACGAGCAUGCAGGAUAGUUUCUUGGAAAUAUGCACUCUCCUGCCCCACAGUGCUUCCCUGUAAAGCUGUCCCAACAGGGUAAUCUGAGCUCUUAUCAUAGCAACACAAACUGUAACCCUGAAGAUUCAUCAUCAACUGAUCAACCCCUAUGCAUUUAUUACUACCAACCACACUCCAUUUUAGCUUUUGGAUCUUUAGUAUGAGCACAUGUCUGGAAAAUAAACAGUGAAAAAAUCAGUGUUCACAAACAUGAAAGCAACAAAAUCAGCCUAAAAUCUGAUAAUUAUACAUAAUGAACUACUAGUAUUGUAGCAAUAAGAUUACAUAAAAUUUAUAAAAAUAAGAAUCUGAGAAAAUAAGAACAGGAAGACCUUUUCAUUUUAAUAUAAACCUAUUCCACUGCACUCCUGAAAAAGAAAUAAGUCCAAGUUUUUGAUUUUUAAAACAAUGCAUCAACUUUUAAAGAAAAUCUUUUUUAUGUUUGUUUACAUGCUUCUUUUUAUUGCCCAAAGUAUAUUAAAUACAUGUGUGUAAUAUAAAGCAUCAAUAUCAUCUAAAACAUUGUAUAUAAGAUAAAAGCCUUGUUUUUUUGUUGGUUACACUGCUACAUGGCUUAGUUUUAACUAAUUUGUUUUCAUAGUUUCAGAGGAGAAGAUAAUUGAAAACAAAAAUGGGUUUAGUAAUUAGCCACAUACACAAAUACCAUUUUGCAAACGAAUGAAAGAUAAAAUAUUCUUUAUCAACAGACUUCUCAUUUGACAUCAGGUUGUCACAAGUGACAAUUGUGCAGUGUCAAGUCAUGCUUCUUCGGCACACAAGGGCAUGCUCAGACUUGGAAAGGAGGAUGCAUAAGACAGUUACAAAGUCCAGUACUGUGGACCCGGGAACAUUCCAUAAUGGUUGCUUGAUAACAAUGUGGCUGUAAAAAAUAAAUAUUCUUAAGGAAAUAACUUCGGUUAACAUUUGCUACUUUUAACUAAACAUGAAUAAAUUUCAUUGAAAAUAUAAAAA